UGGUUCUGUGUUUUGAUUUAUAGGUUGAAGACUUUGGGCGACAAAUCAAGAGAUGCAAAAAAAAGGCAGAGGACUGCUCAAUGUUUGCCAGAGUUUUCUGCUGGACUGGAAUUACUCAGCAGAUAUGAAGAUGCGUGGGCUGCCCUUCACAAAGGAGCCAAAGACUGUGCAAAAGCUGGAGAGCUGGUUGAUAGUGAGGUCGUGAUGCUUUCUGCACACUGGGAGAAGAAAAGGAACAGUCUGUUGGAACUACAGGAUCAGCUCCAACAAAUACCCGGGUUUUUAGCAGAUCUGGAAUGCCUCACAGCAAGCCUAGCCCAGCUAGAGGCAAACUUUGAGGAAAUGGAGAAUCAUCUGUUGUGUCUUGAGGACCUAUGUGAGCAGUGUGAGUUGGAAAGAUACAAGUGUGUGCAGACAUUACAGCUGGAAAACUACAAGAAAACAAAAAG